ACAAUGUUCGGAUUAGAUCAAUUUGGUUAUAAAAGUAGGGAAAACGAAGAGAAUCUGCUCGAUCAGGCUUUGCGUCAAGGUGAAGCCUUACGCGCUGCAAUCAUGCAAACAAUUAUUCGAAACGAACCGUUUUACACGGAAAAUUCAACACCAGAAACAGAAAAACCCAUAGAAAUAAGUUUGCAUGAAAAGCACGCUUGUUUAGCAUACAUGAACGGUGAUCCUAUGUCAAGGGACGAAGAGCGGCAAGCGUUAAACACAUUUCGAUCAUUGUCUGGUAGCGAUAUUUGCGACUUAACUUCGCGUUCUUUUACAACAACGCAAAGCAAAUGUAAAUGUGAGACUUGCCGAGCUUACUGCAAGCUCAGUUAUAAUAUUCCACCAUUGAAUUUGAAACAAUCUUUGGCUUCCAGUACAAUAGUCUCGAAAAAUCUAGAAAAACACGACCAUUUUCAAUUGUUUCAAUAUGUAAAUUCGUUAAAAGUUGUUUUAUAUAGUUUUACAAUAUCAAACGAAGGUAAAACCAAAGUUUGUAGUAAUAAUCACGUGCAAAAAUGCAAGUUUGAUGAUUUAAGUGUUAUAUAUUUUAUUGAGUAUGAAAUUCCAGUUGGAAUUUCAAAAUACCACAGUAGGAAACAAUCACGAGUUGAUAGUGGUCUGAAUAGCGUUAAUUUCGUUAAGAAAUGUUCAAAGAAUUUAGUCGAUGACGUUGUUUAUUUUAAGCAAGUAAUAAUUCACGAUGUGGAAAACUUGAACGUUGUUAAUUUGGAAGAAGUUGAUGUGGUUUUUAAUAUCACAGCGAGAACUUUGCGCCAAAAGAAGUCGAUUAUACUCGGUGCAGCAAAGUUUAAUUUGAUUGAGGUUUGCAAUUCACCGUUUUUGAGUUGUCUGCAAGAAGUUCCUGUAUUUUUGACCGGAGAUUCACCUAUCGUCGUUGGUAUUAUAAGAAUUCAAUUGCAACUUGGUUGUGAUCGUAUAUACUUCGGGAAAGAAUUCAUAGAAUGCUUGCAAAAUAAAGAAAAUCAUACGAAAAUUAAUUUGGAAUCAAACGAGAACCUUGAUGAAACUUUUACGUUGGGUAGUGAGCUUAAAUCUACAAAGAAACCCAAAGAACCACUGAAAAAUCUCGUUAUUUCUCCGAGUAAAGUUACACUUAAAGAUAAACCUAGAAGGAAAGUAAUUAUUGACCAAAAAGUGAUUAAAAAUGAUGACAAAAUUAAGCCCAAGCGACUAAAACCGCAAGAAACUAUAAAAGACGACGAUCUGUCAAAACAUGUUGCGCCUAACCUCAAUUCCCAACUAUUAAGUGAAAAAAUCAUUCUUUUUGGUUUUAUAUUCGUCUCUGAUGUGGAAUAUCACCUCCCGCACACACAAACUUACUUCACGUGUCAGCCAUUUUGCCAACAGGACUACGUCUGCAGUAAUGUAACGCAAGGCGGUUGCUUUAACUAUCAUCAAUUGAUUCCGUACAUCUACGAUGAAGACUUUCUUUUCAACUUGCGUGAAAACCAUAUGAUCAUUGAGUUCUUCUCGACGCAAUCAGCAUCAAGAGACGAGGUGAUUGGCAUUUGUAAAGUACCAUUGCACCAAUAUUACCUAGCUUUUCGUAAUCCAGUGAUUGUUAAAUACUUGGAACGGAAUAACUUGCCUGUAAUCGGAACCGAUUGGUAUGAGCCUAUUAAAGAUGUCGUCAGUAGUAACGCAGUGGGCUAUGCGAAGAUUUUAGUUGCACUUGGAUCUGAAGAGCAGGUGAAGAAUUUACAAAAAGAGCGAGGGUUCAUGGAUGAUAUUGUAAAACGAAAUAAGAGUAUAGUUAAAACUACAAGAGAAAAGGUAGUGAUUAAUAAGGAAAAGGAAAUUGUUACACGAAAAAGUGUUAAAAAUGUUAAUGUUAAACUGCAGGAUAAAAAAACACAAUCGACUAAUCUCACGGAUGAUUUAGUAGUUGUAACGCCACGUGGUAAAGUUGAUAAAAGUACUGCUGUAACACCAACACUUGCACUUGAGUUUAAUUUGCCUACUGCUCAAAACAAAAUGGCGGAUUCAGAUAAAUCAAGCAUUACAAUGGUUGACGAUCGCUUGCAGACUAUUCAAGAGUAUCUGCAUCAAUUGGUUGAGCUAAAAACAACUUCACAAACUCAAAGUACAGUAACUAAUCAGAUGGAAGCAGAAAAUGACACAAAUCUUGCAGAAAGUCAAAGUUCAACUGCUCAAAACCGUGAUGUGAAUGAAUUGAAUAACGUUAAUAUAAGCGCUGUACAAAAUGGUGGCACAAUUCCACCAAAAACAACUGCCGGUCUGCUUGCAACUUUACAAGGUGUGAUGAAACCUGAUCACACUGCCAAAUUAAGUUUCAAAGCACAGAUUAUCGUAGAAUCAGCACUGCAUUUGCCUGCGCGGAAAAAGUGUCGCGCUAGAAAAGUUAAAGGGAAAAUAAUUCGAGAAGAAUUGCAACCGAGUACAUAUGUCAGUUAUGAGAUUAAAGAUGGCGCCGUGAAGACUUCACAAGUUGUGCAGAAGAGUACCAGUCCUGAAUGGUACAUGAAACAUGAUAUUUCCAUACCAGUUGAUUAUUUAACAAAUAGUAAUCGUCGAUUGUUAUUCAAAGUCUGGCGUAAGAGUAACAAUGGCUCGACGAUUCCCAACAUGCAAAUUGAUACAAUCAUAGGUUUCGCUACUGUAGAUUUGACAGUAUUGCUUGCAGGAUUGCCUACAAUCGAAGGAUGGUUCAAUAUUAUGGACUUUUCCAAUAAGUGCAAUGGUCAAAUCAAAAUAAACAUUAUACCGUUAGAAGAUAUAACAAAAUAUAAUAACUUACCGAGUACAACAAAUACAUCGUAUACUACCACGCCUGCUUCAACAAAGGACACGCCUUUAAUAGAAGGCACCUCCUCUCCAGAUGAAACUUUUAAUAGAGCGUUAAAAAGAAAAUUUAUCGAAUUGGAAGAAAUCUCACAGCGAUUAAAGGCACGACUCAAUCAUGUUACAGAAGAUAUUCCGCCUGUGGAUGAUCAGGAGGUGAAUGAUGAAAGUGCUGAUGAGUUCGAAAAUGACAUCAAUACUUUAUGCGUCGAAGAAGAUUAUGAGUUGUUGGAUUUUGCGAAAGAGGCGCAGGAUAUGAACAUGCGCAGAGUGUCCACUAGUUUACACGAAUGGCAGCAAGGCAAUUCGAAUACAACAGAGUUGAUGAUUACAACAAAUCAAGAUAAUGAUGAUAAUUCCAAUGUUGAAGAAAAUUGCAUAAAACCACAGUUUGCGCUCCAAGUAGUGCAUAAAAACGAAAAUGAUGCAGUCGUAAAUAUUACGGAGAAUAUGAAAACUUUCGUCCCGGAAGUUGCAACUCAUGCGGAGUCCGCCAUUUUGACAAACUCAUCUUCAAGUAGUUCGUCUACAUUGGAUAGGCAACUUCACGAGGGCAAAGAACGUAUUGAUCAUCUUUUGCAGAGAUUAACUUCGUUGUCAAUGGCACAAAAGAAUCCAGUUGAGACUGAAGUGGCAGGUUUUGACAGUCGGUAUGUGAGUGGGUGCUCUACGAGUCAGGAUCCAGUGGUAAAUUCUGGAAAUCUUAACUUGGAGGAAGAUAUCUUUAGUGAGUUGGGUAUUGAAAGCGAUUUUGAUGUCCGGAAACUGUUCAAUGCUUCCAUGGGCAAUUUUAAUGGUAAUUUAGAAGCACUUGUAGAUGGGAGUUUUAGAGACGAGCCGGAUGGCGAAGGAAAUACGACAGAAUCAAGCAGCGACGAUAAACUAAACUGAGAUUAAUUUAUUGUAUAUGUAGUUUGUAAGCAUGAGAACAAUGAGGCGUAUUAUAAGUCGGUUUUAUUAAAGACAUUGUAUGAAAGAAGCAAA